CUCAACUGCACCUCACUACCCCACUACACAUAACCCCACUACACACAUAUACCAGCGCAGCAAAAUGUCCUUCCCAACCUACAACCUCCGCCGCCUCGCCCUCACCCACACCCCCCUCGCCCAGCGACCACGCACAACCCCAGCCACCGCCGCCGUCGCCGCCGCCACCUCAGCAGCCAGGAGACUAGCAAGCAAAGCCUCCCCGGGCCAAACCUCCAACGUCGCCAACCCGCAAUCCAGCAGCCCGGAAUCGCAAUCCAUCAACGUCGCCCGCGGCAAGCAGGCGCGCCACGCCGACACCCCCGACACGGCGUCGGUGCAGUCGCCCAUCUCGUCGCAGUUCGGGCCGACGAGCGAGGCCCACGAGGGCGAGGAGCAGACCUCCGCGGACGCGCAGAUCAAGAAUCACCCCGGGGAGUCGGAGGCGACUAAGCGGCGGAAUGUGGAGAGGGCGGGGGAACGGCCUUUAGGGGCAGAGGAUCGGCAGUAA